UUCUGAAUAGCGUCAUUGAUGACGUACUGUCGUGAAGAUGGCGGAAGUUCGUUUCCCGAACUGAGCCGGAGUCGCUCCGUAAUUCUUUAAUAAACUAUUUCAGGACGGACCGGUUCGGAUUUUCGUCAAAGUCUUUACGGACCCGCUGACAGAUUCGGGUCUCAGUGUAGUUCAUGCUAUGGCCUGUGGUGGCGCUAAAGUGGGCCCGGCUAAUGGCUUCCCUAUGAAAGCACAGCUUCAGAUCACAGUGAUUUCGGCCAAACUGAAGGAUAAUAAGAAGAACUGGUUCGGUCCCAGUCCGUAUGUUGAGGUGUGUGUGGACGGUCAGUCCAAGAAGACGGAGAAAUGCACGAACACACUCUCACCCCGAUGGAAGCAGCCGCUCACCGUGAUUGUCACUCCGUUCAGCAAACUGAUCUUCCGUGUUUGGAGUCAUCAGACACUGAAAUCUGACAUUCUGCUGGGCGUGGCCACGCUCGAUGUCAGCGAGACGCUCAAAUCUAACGACAUGAAGAUCUGCGAGGUUGUGCAGUCACUGCAGCUCUGCGCAGACAGAGAUCAGACCGAUAUUGUUGGCGAUCUGUCCGUGUGUUUAGACGGCCUGCAGGUGGAUGCAGAGGUGUUCCUGUCAGCAGAGGCCAACAACCAAAGCACUUUAAAUGGGGAAUCGGAUCCUAUGGACGACUCCAGUCAGAGGAGCAGAGACUCAUCCCCAUCAUUGAGAGAUGCUUCAGAACGUCCGUCCGCCCCAAACGGCCAGGUCAACGGGAUGGACUCGCCCUCGCGGUCCGCCAGAGGGUCACGACCCCCGAGACCCUCUCGACCUCCGCCUAUAGCCCCACGUAGGCCCUCGUCUUCACCAGCUCUCUCUACUGGCUCAUAUCCUGACGGCAGCGAUUCGUCCCGUUCGGACACUCCGGUUCGUAACCCACCAGGGGGCGGAGCCUCAGACUCGAGUCCGGCCCCUACUCAUGAGCAGCCUGGUCGAACAGGCCUCAGUGUUGGCCCCGCCCCCAGCACGAUUCCCAGCGUGGGCACCCCUGGACCUUUGCCACCGGGUUGGGAGCAGCGUGUUGAUCAGACCGGUCGUAUGUAUUUUGUCGAUCAUGUUGAAAAGAGGACGACAUGGGAGAGACCAGAGGCUUUACCAGCAGGUUGGGAGAGGCGGGUGGACCCCAUGGGUCGGGUUUACUUUGUGGACCACAUCACCAGAAGCACCACGUGGCAGCGGCCCACCGUGGAGACGGUGCGUAACUAUGAGCAAUGGCAGCACCAGCGCAGUCAGCUGCAGGGAGCCAUGCAACAGUUCAACCAGAGAUUCAUAUUUGGGUUACAGGAGCAGUGCUCAGCCAAUCAGAAUAAAGAGUUUGAUCCUCUGGGUCCUCUGCCACAUGGAUGGGAGAAGAGAACCGACUCUACUGGAAGAGUUUACUACGUUCAUCACCCGACCCGGGCAACGCAGUGGGAGGAUCCGCGCACUCAAGGUCUGCUGAAUGACAAGCCUCUGCCUGAGGGCUGGGAGAUGAGGUUCACCGUCGAUGGCAUUCCCUACUUCGUAGAUCACACCCGGAGAUCCACCACCUACAUCGACCCGCGGACUGGAAAAUCCUCUCUUGAGAACGGUCCUCAGAUCACAUACGUUCGAGACUUCAAAGCCAAAGUUCAGUACUUCAGAUUCUGGUGUCAGCAAUUGGCAAUGCCGCAGCACAUUAAGAUCACGGUCAGCCGUAAGACUCUGUUUGAAGACUCGUUCCAGCAGAUCAUGAGCUUCAACGCGCAAGAUCUACGCCGGAGACUGUGGAUCAUCUUCCCUGGAGAGGAGGGGCUUGAUUAUGGGGGCGUGGCCAGGGAAUGGUUCUUCUUGUUAUCCCACGAGGUGCUGAACCCCAUGUACUGUCUGUUUGAGUACGCGGGGAAGGACAACUACUGCCUCCAGAUAAACCCCGCCUCCUCCAUCAACCCGGACCACCUCAAAUACUUCAAGUUCAUCGGCCGUUUCAUCGCCAUGGCUUUGUUUCACGGUAAGUUCAUCGACACGGGCUUCUCUUUGCCGUUCUACAAGCGGAUCUUGAACAAGCCUUUGGCUCUGAAAGAUCUGGAGUCUAUCGAUCCAGAGUUCUACAACUCGCUCAUCUGGAUCAAGGAUAAUAACAUCGAGGAGUGUGGGCUGGAGAUGUUUUUUUCUGUGGAUAAGGAGAUUCUGGGUGAGGUGACGACUCAUGAUCUAAAGCCGGAUGGAGGGAAUAUCCAAGUGACGGAGGAGAACAAGGAGGAGUACAUCAGACUGGUAGCAGAAUGGAGGUUGUCUCGUGGAGUUGAGGAACAGACUCAAGCUUUCUUCGAGGGUUUCAACGAAGUUCUUCCUCAGCAGUAUCUGCAGUAUUUUGAUGCCAAAGAGCUGGAGGUGAUGUUGUGUGGAAUGCAGGAAAUUGAUUUGAGCGACUGGCAGAAGAACACCAUUUACCGACAUUACACAAACAACAGUAAACAGAUCAUCUGGUUCUGGCAGUUUAUUAAAGAGAUGGACAACGAGAAGCGUAUGAGACUCCUGCAGUUUGUCACUGGUACCUGUCGUCUGCCUGUCGGAGGUUUUGCCGAUCUGAUGGGCAGUAAUGGGCCGCAGAAGUUCUGCAUCGAGAAGGUCGGCAAGGAGAACUGGCUUCCCCGGAGUCACACGUGUUUUAAUCGUCUGGACCUGCCGACGUACAGAAGUUACGAGCAGAUGAAGGAGAAGCUCAUGUUCGCCAUCGAGGAGACGGAAGGUUUUGGACAGGAGUAAAACGCACGCACACAGACAGAGAGGACGGACUCACGAACUCUGGUUAUAAAGCCACGCUUGUGUUUGUGAGACAAACAUCCAUCCCUCAAUGAUGCAGCACACGGGUGCAUUAUGGGAAAGUGGGUUUCGUACACUCGCCUGUCACUUGCUAUUCAUUUCCGCAUUACCCGUGAAAUGAGAAGAAUGGUAUGGAUGAGAUUGAAUACGUGUGCAAGACGACACAUAUGAGUGUGAGAGGUGUGUGAAUGUGUUUCUAUGUUCUCCUUGUGCCUUGAUUUCCACUGGCAUCCAGAAAACUGGCAUUCAGCACAGUGAUAUGGAAGCGUAGCUCUGUUUAAACGGCAGAAGAUGCCACGCUUUGUUUUUCAGAAGUGACCGUUCUUCACAUUAGAGCUUUGAUAAGGAAAAUCAAAUCCUGUUUAUAUCACAAGAUUGAAAAAGAGGAUUUUGGAAUGAUUGCAGGAGCUCGAUUUGACAGUGGACUGUGACGCUGACUAUAAAACCCUCAAGUAAUAAUGUGAGUUUGGAGGGGUCUCAGAGUUCAGUAUUUAUUCAAAUCGAGACCCUAGUUAUAUAGGGCGUCUUCUGAAAAUUGUGAAGAUCUAAACCACUGGCACAGCGCAGUGAAUUAUGGGGAAUACCGUCACUUGAAUGACUGUUCAGGAUCUUUUUGAUUUUCGGAAUAUAACUUCUUAAUAUUUAUGUAAACCCAUAACAAUAUAAGGACUAAUGAAAUCCUGGGAAGAUGGUUGAUAAUGUGACAUCUGUCGUUCUUUCUACUGAUCCGUGUAAACGAAACCUCUUUCCCGCUGUACUGUAAACGAACUGAAAACUGUACAUGCUGUGAAUACUUGCUCUUCUCUGUUAGAUUAAAACUACAUCAAAAAUGAUUUUAGUAUUAAGCAGAAGCGACCGCUUUCAGGGUUGUUUCGAACAUGAUUUACUAGAGUUGAUUUGUAUGUAUAGUCAAAUGUGUGAAAGAUGCUCAUCAGUUGAAUAAAUAAUUAUGUGGA